GUGAAAUCAUCACAUGUGUUGGUGGUAGUACACGCAUGCGCAGAAGACGUGUUUUCAAACGACGGGCGGAAGGCGAACGAGGUUCACUUCACUUGAGCAUCGCAUUUGUUGCCCUUGUCAAAGUUUAACUCUCCACACAUAAGUUUCUCCGAUGGAUCUGGAAACCGGAACGUACGAGCCAGGAUUUGUUGGGAUACGGUUUUGUCAGGAAUGCAACAACAUGUUGUACCCGAAAGAAGACAAGGAGAACCGCGUCCUGCUCUAUGCGUGCAGGAACUGUGACUACCAGCAAGAGGCGGACAACAGCUGCAUAUAUGUCAACAAGAUCACCCACGAGGUCGAUGAGUUGACGCAGAUCAUCGCCGACGUGUCUCAGGACCCGACUCUACCAAGGACAGAGGACCACCCCUGUCCCAAGUGUGGUCACAAGGAGGCAGUGUUCUUCCAGUCGCACAGUAUGAAGGCUGAGGACGCGAUGAGGCUGUACUACGUCUGCACGGCUCCUCACUGCGGACACAGGUGGACAGAGUAAUAAAUCGUGGUGAUGACGAAAGAAGAGACAUUUUUUUAUUCUACCACCUCGGGCAGAGUUUGUCGAUCUGUGUAUGACGUGUUACCAGCUUGUGAAUAUUAUGUACCUACAGUUGUUGUUUUUUUACAGUUGUCAUUUUCAAAUGUGUUUUUUUUUUUUUUUUUAGAUUAAAAGAAUCAGUUGUU